UCACGAUUUCCGUUGAACUUUCUUUUUAUCUAACCCCUUCCGUUGUUGAAAUUAGUAAGAGAAAACAAAUUAUCGAGUCGUGUCGGUCUCUAACCAGAUCAGUUUAUAUGAGUGUGUUCCGUUGAAGCAAGGAGCGGGGGAAAAAAAUACAACUGUGAAUUUGUCAAUUCAUUGUAGGCUACGCAUUUGUUUCACACUAGGUUACCAUGGACACCUGAAACUGUUGAUACCUCUGUUAGUGGGAUGGCUUAUCCGGUUGCAAAUUUCAACGAUCAGUUACGAAGUGAUUUUUAUCGCUAUUUGACAUUGGACUUGAGUACACAUUUGCAGUCAAUACAAGGGAUAGUCGAUUUGAAAUUGGACGAGAAAUAUGGCUGCGAGACACUCGCUUUGCUACAUUGGGAGCAGUUACAUUCCAUUUUAUUGCCCGACGAGGUUAAAAAUUUUUACUUAGCUUCCAACGGAUUUGAAUUUACUUGGAAAUUUCGCAUAGCUGAUCACAAUUAUCCUGUAGGAAAAAUGCACAUCAACGUACUGACGGAGUUGUGCCCGGUCAAUGAGCCUUUUAAAAGCCCUGAUAAAUAUGAUGGAAUUACGCGUUUGUUUGUAAUUGAUACCAAUUUUUCUCAAGGAAGUGUCGUUCUGCUGAUAACGAAAGGCACGAUGAACAGCUCAGUUCAUUACCUGAGUAGUCAAGGGCAAUUGCACCAAAUAGCAGAUAGUCUAACUGCGUAUCUCCGUCUUAUGUUACUCUACAUGGGUUUGCCUGACUGGCCUCUUGUCCACCUGAAAAUGGAACUGUCAUACUGGAACAAACAAUUAUAUGCAUACUUCGCACCAUACCUUUCCCAUCCCAACUGGAAAUCAGAGGAAACGGAAAAUCAGACCGCUUAUCCAGUCAACGUGCUCGAUAAGAGCAUUUUUAAAGCAAAUAAAACACCAAGGUAAUUAUUUGUAAACGUGGACGAAGGACGUAGCAAUAAACUGGAUAUCGCCAUAA